CCUGCGGCUGGCGCUUGGUGGGGAUCUGGGACUGGGUAAGCCGGAGGUGCCGGCCCGCACACCCCGCAUGAAGCCGGGCCAAGACCGGAGGCCGGAGGACAGCGAAGAAGGAAGGAAGGCUCGAGUCCAGUCCUGUCCACGCGGAUCCCUGCAGCUGCCGGAAAAAGGCUGUGUUGGGCGGCAGGGGCGGGGCCUCGGCAGGGGCGGGGGCUAAAGGCUGCGCUGUGCGGAGCUGGUGUCGGACGCGGCCACGGCUGCUUCUCCACGCGUGGCCCAGCACCUGCUGCCCUCACCCGGCCUGGAGCUCCGCGGCCAUGCGGCUGGCCCUGCUCUGGGCCCUGGGACUCCUGGGCGCGGGCAGCCCUCGGCCCUCCCCGCCGCUCCCGAAUAUAGGCGCUGAGAAGCAGCAAGCCACACCAGAGAGGGCCGCCAGUGGAUCCUUGGAGAGGCAGGUCUUUCAAGACAACCCAGCAAUUAGCCUAGCAGAAGUCCUCCAGACUGGUCUGUCUGAAGCCCUGAGGGUCAAACUGGAGCUGGAUGGUGAGAGUCACAUCCUGGAGCUUCUGCGGAAUAGAGAUCUAGUCCCUGGCCGCCCAACUCUGGUGUGGUACCAGCCUGAUGGCGCUCGGGUGGUCAGUGAGGGACACAGGCUGGAAAACUGCUGCUACCACGGAGGAGUGCAGGGCCACCCCGGCUCUUGGGUCUCCUUCUGUGCCUGCUCCAGCAUCAGGGGUCUGGUGGUCCUGUCCCCAGAGAGAAGCUAUUCACUGGAGCUGGGACCUGGAGACCCUCAGGGUCCUCUCAUUGUUCCUUGGAUCCAAGAUCUCCUCUUGCCAGGCCACACCUGUGUCCCGAGCUGGCAUGCAUCUGUGCCCACUCAGGCUGAACCAGACCUCCUUCGGGGACAGCACCGCAUUCACAGGCUUAAGCGGGAUGUGGUAACAGAAACCAAAAUUAUUGAGCUGGUGAUUGUGGCUGACAAUUCAGAGGUCAGGAAGUACCCUGACUUCCAACAGCUGCUGAACAGGACACUAGAAGUGGCCCUUCUGCUAGACACAUUCUUCCAGCCUUUGAAUGUUCGGGUAGCACUUGUGGGCCUAGAGGCAUGGACCCAGCAUGACCUCAUAGAGAUGAGCUCCAACCCAGCUGUCCUGCUAGACAGCUUCCUCCAGUGGCGCCGAACAGACCUGCUGCCUCGACUGCCCCACGACAGUGCCCAGCUGGUGACUAUGACUUCCUUCUCUGGGCCCAUGGUGGGCAUGGCCAUUCAGAAUUCCAUCUGUUCCCCUGACUUCUCGGGGGGUGUGAAUAUGGAUCACUCUACAAGCAUCCUAGGAGUUGCCUCCUCGAUCGCCCAUGAGUUGGGCCACAGCCUGGGUCUAGACCAUGAUUCACCUGGGAGCAGUUGUCCCUGUCCAGGCCCAGCUCCAGCCAAGAGCUGCAUCAUGGAGGCCUCCACAGAUUUCCUACCAGGUUUGAACUUCAGCAACUGCAGCCGACAGGCCCUGGAAAAAGCCCUCCUAGACGGGAUGGGCAGCUGCCUCUUCGAACGGCUGCCUGGCCUGGCCCCUAUGUCCCCUUUGUGUGGAAAUAUGUUUGUGGACCCUGGCGAGCAGUGUGACUGUGGCUUCCCAGAUGAAUGCACUGAUCCUUGCUGUGACUACUUCACCUGCCAGCUGAGGCCAGGGGCACAAUGUGCAGCUGAUGGACCCUGCUGUCAAAACUGCAAGUUGCACCCAGCUGGUUGGCAGUGCCGCCCUCCUAGAGAUGAUUGUGAUUUGCCUGAGUUCUGCCCAGGAGAUAGCUCCCAGUGUCCCCCCGACAUCAGGCUGGGGGACGGUGAGCCUUGUGCUGGCGGACAAGCUGUGUGUAUGCACGGGCGCUGUGCCUCCUAUGCCCAGCAGUGCCACUCACUUUGGGGACCUGGGGCCCAGCCUGCUGCACCACUUUGCCUCCAAACAGCCAACACUCGGGGUAAUGCCUUUGGGAGCUGUGGGCGCAGCCCCAAUGGCAGCUAUAUGCCUUGCACCCCUAGAGAUGCCAUUUGUGGGCAACUACAGUGCGAGUCGGGUAGGAGCCAGCCUCUGCUGGGCUCAGUCCAAGGUCUGCUUUCCGAGGUUCUAGAAGCCGAUGGGAUGCAGUUGAACUGCAGCUGGGUGCACCUGGACCUGGGCAAUGAUGUGGCGCAGCCUCUCCUGGUCCUACCCGGCACUGCCUGUGGCUCUGGCCUGGUGUGCAUCGAUCAUCGGUGCCAGCCCGUGGAUCUCCUGGGAGCACAGGAAUGUCGAAGCAAAUGCCAUGGCCACGGGGUCUGUGACAGCAGCAGGCACUGCCACUGUGAGGAGGGCUGGGCACCUCCUGACUGCACGACCCAGCUCAGAGCGACCAGCUCCCUGACCACAGGCCUGCCCCUCAGCCUCCUGCUGCUGUUGGUCCUUGUACUCCUCGGUGCCAGCUAUUGGCACCGUGCCCGCCUGCAUCAGCGACUCUGCCAGCUCAAGGGAUCCAGCUGCCAAUAUAGGGCAGCCCAGUCAAGUCCUCCUGGACGACCAGGACCUCCACAGAGGGCACAGCAUAUGCCAGGCACUAAGCAAGCUAGUGCCAUCAACUUUCCAGUGACCCCCUCCAGGCCGCUGCCACCUAACCCCGUGCCCAAGAAACUCCAGGCUGAGCUGGCUGACCGAUCCAAUCCCCCUACUCGGCCUCUGCCGGCUGACCCAGUGGUGAGGCGCCCAAAGUCUCAGGGGCCUACGAAACCCCCUCCCCCAAGAAAGCCACUGCCUGCAAACCCACAGGGCCAGUACCCAGCAGGUGACCGGCCUGGCCCGGGAGCUGGAAGCAUGCAGCAGGUGGUGCCCUGCAGGCCGGCUCCACCACCCCCAGCAGCAUCUUCACUCUACCUCUGACCUCUGUUGAGAUGUGGCUGCCUCCCACCUAGAUUUAGUGUUAAAGAGGUGGACUCUGCCGAAUCUCCCCAAAUGACAAGAGAAGCAGGAGCCUAGACAACACAGUGUCCAGCCCUAAGGAGCCACCGCCACCGGGAGGUGGGGACCCACUGAAAUAACUGCAGCUGGCUGUUGGGGAGGGGCUGGAGUAGGGGCGCAGGGACACGAGCACAGCCUGUCUCCACUCUGUUAUAAUAAAUGUGAGAUCUUGGAAUGUG